UUGUAACUAAAAAUAAUAGUUUAUUCAGUAUUUUAUUCAAAAAAUGAAGGAAGAGAAUAAAAGACACUCCCUGUUUGUGUUUGUUGGGUGCAGUUGUCGUUGAAUUCAACUAAUUUUCUGCGAAGGACGAAGAAGCUCGUGCUCUCGUUUAUGGCGGCUUCGCCAGCGCUCACCACGAACCCCGACGAUGCUGCCAACGCCACCUCCACUCCAGCGACCGCGUUACCUUCGUCGUCGAAGACAGGAACCCUAGCGGUUCCCGCGAAUCGUGCGGAGACGCCUUCGCCCAAAUUCCAACGCGGCCAAAACAAGCCAAAGUGCAAGCAAUGCGGCAAUGUCGCUCGUUCUAGGUGUCCCUAUGAAUCAUGCAAGAGUUGCUGUUUUAGGAACCAAAAUCCUUGUCAUAUUCAUGAUUUCAUCGAAUUGUGGCUUGGAAGGGGACUUGAAUGUUGAAAUAAACAACUGGUAAAAUGUAGCUCCAAAUUGAUGGUUUGUGAUCAUCAGGGAAGUGGAUUUACAACCUCAAGUGAAUUUUACUUGCAAUAUCAAGAGCUUUAAUCCUAGAGUGCUUAUCUAGGGAUUUGUUCAAUUACCAACCCUACCCUGAAUUGAGUAAUUAUAAUAUCAUUAGAAGCACUUUUAAAAUGUUUAUUUUUCUAUAAAUUGAUUAAGGACUUAUAUUUGAAUAUAUUUGGGGUCCAGUUGCAAACACACAUAUAAGAGUCUCCAUCGUACUUAAACUUGAAUUAUAAUAGGAAUGUUCUGCGGUAAAUGGUAAUAUAAAUGACGAGGACGUCUA